AUGAGAUUCGACCCUGAAUUAGGAAGAAAUACAAGACAACAUAUUUAUGGAGAAGGAAUGAUGGAUGUGUUUAAAUCGUUUGGUAAAAAAAUAUUUGGAAAGACAAUGAAAAAAGCUGCUAAAAAGGGUGCUGAAAAAGCAUUGACAGCGGCUGCAACAAAAACUGGUGAACAUGUUGGUAAAAAGGCUGGUGAUAAGAUAGUGCAAAUGCUAUCCAAAAACCCCCCUGCAAAAAAAGUUACUUUUAAUGAAAAUGUUAAAACAAUAAAUCCAAGUGAAAAAGAGUUAAAUCAAACUUUAAUUAACCUUCUUAGUGGAGGAUCAACACGUAAGAGAAAAUUAUAUAAUUAUUAAAAUAAAUGAAGUCUUUUAGAAAUCCAAAAUAUUUAGAAAGAUAUGAGGAUGUUGUUUAUGACCUGGAACAGACUUUAGCAUUACCUGCAAAUAACGCUCGCCAAAUUAAAACGGGUCUUAGAUUUGUUACUGAUAACACCGGAGAAACUACUCCUUUUGAUUGGUAUAACGCACGAUUAUCAAUGGAUUUUAAAGUAAAUAAGAUAGCUGGAACAGCUAUUGCAGCUAAUGACCAUAACGGAAUUGUAAAUGGUAGUAGCGCAUUUAUAGAAAAUUUAAGUAUUCUAGCAAAUGGCCGACAAGUUUAUGAUUGUAAUUAUGCAAAUCAUGUUGUAAACAUUAAAAAUUUGCUUGAGUAUAAUCCUUCAUAUGCUCAGAGUGUUGCUACAAACGAAUUUUAUUUUCUUGAUACUUCAAGAGCUGCAGAGGAAAGACCUGCUCAAGCAACUUAUAAUAAAGGUUUUCAUGCAAGAAAAUUACAAUUAGGUGCAUCAGCCACAGUAAACUGUGAAAUUCCUCUUAAUAGAUAUUCUUUCUUUGAAGCAUUGGAAGACAAAUUACUCCCAAAUACAAAAAUUGAGCUAAAUAUCGAGAUUGAAAAAGAUGCAAAUUUAAUUUUUCAAGGAGCUGAUGAUUGUAGAGUUAUUAUAACAAGACUACAACUUUUUAUUCCAAAACUUACGUUUAAUUCAGAAGGACAAAAGUUGUACAUGGAAAAUUAUCUUAAACCCUACAAAUGGACAUAUUUGAAUGAAGUAGUAGGGCGAGAUAAUGACACUCAACAGCAAACAGGGCAAUUUAGAAUUACAAAUGGUAUUUCAAAACCAAGGCAUGUAUUUGUUUUUGGAAUUGAUACGGCAAGAAUUGAUUCUCAAACGGCGAAUCCAUUUGUAUACGAUACUUUUGAUCUGCCAAAUAAUGCUAAUAUAUCAAGAUGUUACCUGGAAGUUGCAAAUGGAAACGAAUACCCAGAUAUUCACUUUAAACCUUCUACAGAUUUGUCAAGAGUUUUUAGAAAUGUGAUGUCAUAUGUUUAUGCAAAUAAUGAUUAUCAAGGUGGAACAUUACUUAAUAGAAGUAAUUUUAAAACUUUAUUUCCUUUUGUUUAUUUUGACCUGACAAAACAAAAAAUGGAUAUCAAAGAUGGAGUUACAAAAUUGGCAUUUCAUUACGAGUUGUCUGCUAAUCCAAACGCUAACUAUAAUUUUUACGCGCUAGUCUUACAUGAAAGAAUAGCA